AUGAUUGGGAUGAAAUGCAGGGAUUUGGAAAUGGGAUCCGGGGUGUGGGGAGUAAAGACGGAAACUAUUCCAGUCAUAGUGGGAGGCACUGGAAGACAUAGGCCUGGAGAAAACUGGAGAAGUCUGGAGAAUUCUGGAGAACUACUGGAGAAAUCUGGAGAAUUUUGGAGAAUUACUGGAGAAGUAUGGAGAAAAUUAUUAGGAAGUCCGGAAAAGUCUAGACAACUUUUGGAAAUUACUAAAGUUAAGGAGCAUUGGGCGGGAUUAAAAUUGGGAUUCUGGAGACGAACAUGA